CAAACUGUAAAGGAUGCUCUUUGGAAGAGUUGCUGUUGUCACACUGACAGGAGCAGAUAGACCAACAGCUAGUGAUGAGAUCGUAUUAGAAGCCUCUAACCUUCUCCUUCAAUCAGGUGCUAAGGUAUGCCUUGUCGAUGUUUUUAAUGGAGCCUGUUCUGCUCUAAAAUCAAGGUGUGAUGCUUUGGAGAAAAAAUACGGUGCAAAUAAUGUUGGUUAUAUUUCCUGUGAUAUUAUGAAUGAUACUGAUGCUUUGAGAAGAGCUUUUAAGAAGGCUUUUGAACAUUUUGGUUCAUUAGACAUUGUCAUCAAUAACUUUUAUGUAUACGACGAAGAAAAUUUGGAAAAACUACUGAAGAUAAAUUUACAAUCUGUCAUUAGUGGGACUUACAAUGCAAUGGAGCUAAUGUCACCUGAUAAAGGAGCAGUGAUAGUUAAUGUAUCAUCAAUGGCUGGUUUGACUCCAUUCAAUACUGGUCCUGCAUACUCAGCAGUGAAGCAUGGAGUUGUAGCAUUCACAAGAGCAAUGAAAACCAAUGUAGAAGAAAAAGGACUUCGUAUUAAUUGUGUUUGUCCUGGCUUUGUUGAUGCUCCAGAGUCUAGAUCCAUAUAUGAAACACUCCCUGAACCUUACAAGAGGAUUAUUACAGAAUAUGGAUUGAUAAAGCCCAAGGUGGUAGCUAAAGGUAUAAUGGAUCUAAUAACUGAUACUAGUAGAAAUGGUGCUAUCCUCAGAGCUAACCCGUGGCAAGGACUCAUGUAUCAGAGAUACAAGGAAGACAUGAAAUCAAAACUUUAAUUAUUAAUUUUUAAAUGAAAAUUGUUGUUAUUGUAACAAUUAUUAAUGAGGUGUGACUAUCAGUCUGUCAUCAUAGAUAAAGGUGCAUGAGGUAAAGCAGAAGUCUAAAGUACGGUAAAAGCUCUAGCAAGUUUGUAAUGUUGUCAGAACAAAGUGCUGUAGUGACUGGAGGUGCCCAAGGCAUUGGAUUAGCCACUAGCCGUCUUUUACUUCAAUCAGGGGCAAAGGUAGCAAUAUUUGAUCUGUCUAAAGACAAGUUAUCUACUACUUGUGAUGAAUUGAAAAGUGAAUUUGGAGCUGAUCGGGUUCUUUCUUUUCACUGUGACGUCACUGACGAAAAGCAAGUUGUAAGAGACAAAAUCCUUUAA